AUGUCAACCAUGAACUGGUGCGGGCGUGCGGGCGUGAUUGCCGCUGCUUCUCUCCUCCUGCUGUUGUUGGCCGCCCAUUCCCAUGCCGGACCCGUUGCCAAGAGGGACAUCGCUGAUUUGCUCGAUGGGAAGGACAAACGCCCCUUCUGCAAUGCAUUCACCGGAUGUGGAAAGAAGAGGUCGGAGCCCAAAGUGGAACCGUUGGCCUCGGGCGCGGAACUCGACGCCCUCGCCAAGCACGUCGUCGCCGAAGCCAAGCUGUGGGAACAACUCCAGAACAAGAUGGAGGUCAUGCGCUCCCUGGCCGCCCGUAUGGAGGAGCACCCGAUCUUCAGGAGGAAAAGGUCCCCCGCCCCCGCCCACGGACCUCAGGCUGCCGCGCCCUCCCAAAACCAGCAGAUUGAUACUGACAAGCAGUGA